UUGUUCGAACAGGAACCACGUGAUUUGCUGAAGUUUAGGCUUGAGAAACAUUCUGACACGCCUCUACCGGUAUUUGUCGCCGACGUACGUUUUGAAAUGGCAUGUAUUUUACAUAAUAUCGGCGCGCUUCAUUCAUAUCUCGGUUCUCUGGAUAACCGCAUUUCUUCAGAGGGAAUGAAGGCGUCAUGUACACACUUUCAAUGCGCUGCAUGGUCUUUCGAACGUUUGGCCGAGCAGUACGGUAUUUUUGCCAAGUACAGCCGAGACUUUGAGCCACAUAUUUUGAAUUGGUUCUCACAAAUCAUGUUGGCUCAAGCUCAAGAGUGUAUUCUCGAGAAGUCCUUGAUCGACACCAGAAAAAAUUUGAUCGUCGCCAAAAUUGCGUUUGAAAUCGCGGAAUUGUAUAGAAAAUGUGCAGACGCAAUGGAUAGUCCAGCGAUGGUCGAAACAGUUGGCGGUAGCCCAUUCAAAAACUGGAAGAAAUUUAUGUUAAUCAAAUUAUCGUAUUACAUGGCGAUAACCCAUCUGUAUCGGGGUAUGCAGUCAGAUGAGGAAAGAAAAAUGGGUGAACGGUUGACGUUCUACACCGCCGCGAAGACGAACAUCGCGGACGCAUCUAAAAUGCUGCAGUCCAUCGGCUCUGUUGACCAGACGUCGGCCGGCCAAGCCAUUUCGUUCGUCCGUGACGUUGUCAUUGCCAAAUACGACAACGCCAAAAAGGAGAACGACUUUGUAUACCAUGAAUUGACGCCGACUUUGGAGUCGAUGCCUGUGUUGAAAGGGGCGUUGCUGGUCAAGCCCCUUGGCUUCGACACCCAUGACAAGGACGUUUCUGGGCCAGAAAUUUUUUCGCGAUUGAUUCCGUUAGAAAUACACAAUCUCUCGUCGUUAUACAGCGAAGAGAAAGCAAAACUUUUGCGGGAAGUAACAGAAAAAGUGGAGAAAAAAGACCACGAGCUGAAGGAGUUUUGUGCUGCGAUUGACAUCGAAGGAUUUUUGAAGUCGCUUGAAACUGACGUGUCAUUGCCUGAGCAGCUAGUUACGGCAUGUGCUGCACUGAAAGCUGAACCGCAGGAUGUUAGCAACUUUAAAAGUUCUCUAGAGAAACUUGCUGACCGGUGCUCGUUCGUUGAAUCGUCGUUACGGGAAAUUGAGCAAGAGCUUGCGACUGGAAAAGCGACAAUUUUUGGUCUAAAGAAACGUUCGAGCGAGACGACGGUGACGAGCGGUAUUGAUGGCACUCUGAAGCUUCUGAGCGAGCAGUUGCAGUCGCGGAGGGCGUUUGCGAAUUCCCUGAUUGAUUCCUUCGAGGCAUUCAAGGACAUGAAGCAGAAGUGUAAAGAUGGAGUUACCUUCUACGAAAUGCUUCAGCAACGCUUGUUCGAGUUAAAGGCGAGCAUCAGUAAAUUGUGUGAAGAUUCAUUUCGCGAGGUAGCUGCCCGCUCUACAUCUGCUCAAGUUUCAGCCAUACAUCCUCAAAGUUAUCCCUCUACUUCGCAGUCCUGCGUUGCCGGGCCAUCAUCGUUGAUGGCAGGUAAUGCGUAUCCUUUUGAUGACCGAGCACCGCCAUACUUUUUAUCCGGUUUUCCUGAUCAGGAACGGUUUCAUCCGCAGACAUCUGUCGUCAGUGCUGGAGCCGCCGUCGCUUCGCAAUACGUGACGCCAUCAACAGAGACAGUGACCGGACGGACGUCAGUAGGUGCUUCGGUAUCCACGGAGGCAUUCGUUUCAUGCAAUCCAGCAGUUGGCAUUCCAUCUCAGGUUCAUCCGUAUCCGCCGUACUCAUUAUACGUUGGCGGAUUUAAUGCGCGGCAGCAGUUCACGCCUGCCGGCUAUAGAGCCACUUUUCCGAUACCUUCCGAAAACGUAAUGGCCGUAGCCGCCCUUGGUUCAGUAUCUUCAACGGCACCAUUUCCAACUGUCUCGUACCAGCCAUGUGUUCGGCCAGGCCAGACUGUUUCAACCUAUAACUCUUCUUUUCUUCUACCUACCCAAAGCGUCGGAGUCACAGAUGUGCCGAAUUCAUUUUUAUCAUCGCCAUCCAGGCCACCCAUGUCGCAUCAGGCGUAUACUUCGCGAAGCAUACCUUAUGGUAGCAUGUCUGUGGAACCAGUGACAGGCAUAAUGUCGCAGUGUCGCACUCCACCGCAAGCUGAUAGACGUGGGCCGCUAAAUAUCAUGUCAUGUUACAGCGAGGCUAACGUUCAGAAUCCACCACACAGUGUCUACGGGUAUGAACAAAAUCGUUUCAUUGGUGGUGCUGUUUCUCAUGGAACCGGAGAUUUGGCGCCAGGCACAUUUAUCACGGCGCCGAUACCUGCCGCAGUUGCCAGUGAUCAAAGUUAUGCCGUUCCCGCUCAGUUUAUUCCUGCCCCCAAUCAGCCAUACUACGGUGAACCUGUGUCAUAUGUUCAUCCUCGUCUUGUUUCUUUGUUUGGACAAGCUGGUAGCAGCAAUGACGGCGGAGGCGGCACAGUGCCGCAGCUGGACGAAAUAACAAAGCUUUCCGACUUCAGUCCGAUAUUCAUUUUGACGCAGGCUCCGACGCCUCACACGCUUGCCGAUUUUUGGCUGAUGGUUUAUGAACAGCAUAUCGGGGUCAUAUGCGCUUUGUUAGCGGAAAAUGAGACCAAACAGAGUCGAUACGUUACGCUUCUUCGCUUUGCAUAUACCACUUUCAGAAGCUCAGGCGUUUGCGAUGACAUCGAUCUUUUCAUCCAGUUCGUCAGUGUUUCGCGCGGUCAUUUGAAGGCUCUUAGUUCUGACCUGCCCGUUUGCGUACUGACGCUGCUUGGAGAUGGCAUGAACUGCAUUUUCGCUGUGCUCUUGUCCGCUAUAGAAGAACUCACGCAAGCAGGGCGAAUCUCUAACUUCCUGCAUCUGUUCGAAGCUUUGCACAAGUAUCAAAAGACGUGCCUAUCGAACGAAAAUCAGCUGUAUUUUACGUACGAAGCCAUUUUGCAAUUCAUCAAGGGCUUUCUGGCCAAAGGUAUGCGCUUACAUCAGCUGACAGAAGCCUGA